AUGUCGACCCGUCCUCGACCAGUGUCGAUGCCUCCGCAGCCAGCAGCGGGCGAGCCCUCCGGAGGCGACGCUAGCAAUCGCCAACAAACAACUUCCAAACGCACCAACCGAAUUCUCGGUGAUUACACCCUCAGCAAGACCCUGGGAGCAGGUUCAAUGGGCAGGGUCAAACUUGCGACCCACAACAUUACCGGCGAGAAGCUUGCUGUCAAAAUCCUGCCUCGCACAACGAACACAACAGCCAAAGACGCCAGCAAGGAAAUCCGGACAUUACGAGAGGCGGCAUUGUCAAUGCUGCUCCACCAUCCCUACAUCUGCGGGAUGCGCGAAAUGAUAGUUCACCAACAUCACUACUAUAUGGUGUUUGAGUAUGUCAACGGUGGUCAAAUGCUUGACUACAUUAUCUCUCAUGGCCGACUGCGGGAGCGCGUUGCUCGCAAGUUUGCUCGACAAAUAGCUUCCGCAUUGGACUACUGCCACCGAAACAAUGUCGUCCACCGUGACCUCAAGAUCGAAAACAUCCUUAUUUCACAGUCGGGCAACAUCAAGAUCAUAGACUUCGGUCUUUCCAAUCUCUAUGACCCCGCAGCCCAUCUCUCAACUUUUUGCGGAAGCCUGUACUUCGCAGCACCCGAACUCCUCAAUGCAAAAGUAUAUACGGGACCUGAGGUGGAUGUGUGGUCAUUUGGGGUGGUGCUCUAUGUCCUCGUAUGUGGCAAGGUGCCAUUCGACGACCAAAGUAUGCCGGCACUUCAUGCCAAAAUCAAGCGCGGGCUUGUCGAAUAUCCCGUCUGGCUGAGCUCCGAGUGCAAACACAUUUUAUCGCGUAUGCUUGUCACAAACCCUGCCCUUCGCGCACCCCUCUCCGAAAUUUUGAACCACCCUUGGAUGCUGCGUGGCUUCUCAGGACCGCCAAAUCCCCACCUUGUCCGGCGAGAGCCCCUUCGCCCGCAAGACCUUGAUCCUCAAGUCGUUCGGGGUAUGUCGGGCUUUGAAUUCGGCGCUGACGAUGCCGAGAUUAUGGAGAAGCUCACUAAUGUUCUCGAAUCCGACUCAUACUCUCGAUCGGUUCGUGCUUGGGAGCGUCGUCGCGGAGGACCUCUUUCAGCUGGACUUUCGGAUGCGCCAAGCACAUGGGAACCGUUGGCAAAUGGUCCUGCAUCCGCUUCAUCGCUGUCGAUUUCGUCUUCGGGUGGGAAUACUAGUGAUACAGCGAAGAAGCGGCGAUUCAGUGGAUUUGAUUUCUAUCGACGCAAAUUCCUUGGUUCUCCUUCACCAACACCGAAAUCACCUUCGUCACCUUCCCCAUCUGCUCCCUCAACCAGUGCCCUCAGUCUUGGCCUCUCUCCAGAAGAUCGUGACCCUACGAAGGGUUUCCAUCCACUGAUUUCCAUGUACUAUCUGGCGAAAGAAAGGAUGGAACGGGAACGCGUCUAUGGUACCGGUGUUUUUGCCAGCAGCCAGGUCAGUGUCGGAGAUGAUACUGCUGGGCCAUCUACCAAAGAUGAGAAAGAUAAGGCUGGUAAUAGGGAGAAGGAAAACGAUGCGCCAAUCAAGGAGAAUGGACGAUCCGACAAGAAGAAGACGACAGCAGACUACAAUAUGCCCUUACCACGUUUGCCUGUUCCCGAAACAAGCCACUACUCGGGCAUGUCGUAUGACCCGAACGCUGCUGCCGAUACACAAAGGACAAAUGGGGUAACAACUCCUCAACUCAAUGGACAUGGAGCGGCUAGCCCUACCAUUGUGCCCCCGCCAGCUAGUGCCACUACACCCAGCCCAACUGCUGUUUCAUUCCAUCCACAACCUCGUGCUAGAGAUCCAGGCGUUGGGGUUCCGGUUGUGCCACCAAGUCCCGCACCAUCCGCAAGAAGACAUGAAGUUGCACGACCUUCUGUAGACCGUUCUGAAGAGGGUGCCGCUUCAAGUAGCAUCGGGAGAGCGACCACAAUCGCUCCAAUUAGAGCCCCCCCAGCAAGUACCCAUCGGAGAAGUCACAGCUUAAGUCAACGGCCAACGGUUUUGAGAGGCUGGGGAGGCAUGUUUGGCGGUGAGAGGGAUCGGUUGGAGGAGGAAGGUCCAAGGACAGCCGCUCCUGAUAUCAGUGGAUUCGCUGAGCGAGAGAAGGAGAGGGAACGCGAGAGGGAAAAGGAAACGGAAAAGGAACGGAGGGAUGACCAUGGAUCCAUAUCUGGUGGUGCAACCCUUGUUCGCAAAUUCGGUAGUAUGCUGGUUGGAACAGGUCGACAUCAUGGGGAAGACGGACGACGAACUCCUUCCAAACGCGCAACUAUUCUUGGUGGUUUGACACAAUCGCCACGAGCCUCGAGGGAUGAUGGGCCACGAGACAAUAAAGCACCGGAAACCGAGAGUGCUCCUCCCAGCGUCAUAAUCGCACCUCCUCCUGCCGCGAAAUCAAUAGCUCAUAGCCAAAGCCAACCGUUUGGAACGGUUCAUCGACGAGCAGCGACUGUUUUGGAUCCGGCCGGUCGCGCUGCAAGGCACGAGAGGAGGAGUAGCACUGGAGCGGCUAUGUUAAGCGCCUUAGGAAGCGCUGGAGGAGGCACAAUUGGACGACAUCGGAGACCUUCAACAGGGCAAGGUAGUGGCCGGCCGAAACCCGAUCGGUUGUUUGUCAAGGCGGAACAAGACCGCUUAGCGGAGAAACCCGAUGAAGAAGCAGCAACCGAUGGAGAAUAUCAGGCUGCGAGAGAGGAUUCUGGUCACGAAAACUUGCAAUCUGACGAUGAACGACAAACUGACAGAGAAUUCAAGCCUGUCUUUCUUAAAGGUCUUUUCAGUGUGGCAACGACCUCGACAAAGUCUCCACCAGUUAUCAAAGCGGACGUUCGUCGGGUACUCGAUCGCAUGCAAGUGCAAUAUCGCGAAAGCAAAGGAGGGUUUGAAUGCAUCCACCUCCCGUCAAUUGAUAUCUCGUCUAUUGAACGCCCUAUAACACCUCAUCAUCGUAAUCACCACCAGCAAGCUUCUUCCAGCUCAGGGGAGCCACCAAUGUCACCUACGACAAACCGACAUACCCCGACAUUAGUGAAGAAAGUAUCAAAACUUUCUUUCGGAAUGCGGCGAGAUAAGAGUCGUGACCGUGAUCGGUCAGUGGAUCGCGAACGAGAACGAGAAGCCGCCAGCCGACCCUCAGGGACUGCAACUUUGACAGCGACCCCCAGUAGCGGAUCUUCAUCUUUCUUCAACGUGUCAUCCAACCAGACUGUCAUUCCUACCUCCGAGUCAAAAUCCGCAAUACCCGCUCCAACAACGAAUGGCACGACGGAACCAGAUCCCUCAUUGGAUGUUGAUGCGCGACCUCCAUCGAGGACAGCAACCCCAGGGUCAACAAAGUCGAAGAUGCUUCCUCCCAUACCCCGUGAUUUUGCUACUUCGCCCGCGCCGAUUAGUCCCGCCUUACCCACUGGAGAAGUCGAUCGGGAGGUGUUUGAAAGCAUGGGGAAUAACACUCUCAGUGUACGUUUCGACAUCAAUAUUGUCAAGGCAUGUUCCUUGGCUACCUCUCCAUGGUAUACAGUUCCGCCGCGUCGGUGGGGACGGUUGGCAGUACCAGAUGCUGGCGCGACGGGUGCUUACUGAGCUCAAAUUAUGA